AUGUCAUUCCUAGCUUCUAGACUAUCUACCAGAUUCUUGGCAAGGCCUGCCGUUUCUGCUGGUGUCAGAUCUUUUGUAUCGACGCCCUUGAGACGUGCGACCUUCGACCGGUCCAAGCCACAUUUGAACAUUGGUACCAUCGGUCACGUCGACCAUGGUAAGACUACGUUGACUGCGGCGAUCACCAAGACGCUUGCUUCGCGCGGUGGUGCUGACUUUUUGGACUACUCUUCCAUCGACAAGGCACCUGAAGAACGGGCAAGAGGUAUCACGAUCUCCACUGCCCAUGUGGAGUACCAAACGGAGAAGAGGCACUACUCUCACGUGGACUGUCCAGGCCACGCGGACUACAUCAAGAACAUGAUUACCGGUGCCGCCCAGAUGGACGGUGCGAUUAUUGUGGUGGCUGCUACCGACGGUCAGAUGCCUCAGACCAGAGAGCAUCUGCUAUUGGCUAGACAGGUCGGCGUGCAACACAUUGUGGUGUUUGUCAACAAGGUGGACACUAUCGAUGACCCAGAAAUGUUGGAAUUGGUUGAAAUGGAAAUGAGAGAGCUUUUGAACCACUACGGCUUCGACGGUGACAACACCCCUGUCGUCAUGGGAUCUGCGCUUUGUGCCUUGGAAGGCCGCCAGCCAGAGAUUGGCGAGCAGGCCAUCAUGAAGCUUCUAGACGCCGUGGACGAGUACAUCCCAACCCCUGCCCGUGACUUGGAGAAGCCUUUCCUAAUGCCUGUGGAGGACAUUUUCUCCAUUUCCGGCAGAGGUACCGUUGUCACCGGUCGUGUUGAGAGAGGUAACUUGAACAAGGGUGAGGAAAUCGAGAUUGUCGGCCACAACGCUACGCCAUUCAAGACCACCGUCACCGGUAUCGAGAUGUUCAGAAAGGAGCUGGACAAGGCUAUGGCCGGUGACAAUGCCGGUGUCUUGUUGAGAGGUGUCAGAAGAGACCAAUUGAAGAGAGGUAUGGUCUUGUGUAAGCCAAACACCAUCAAGGCCCACACCAAGUUCUUGGCUUCUCUCUACGUCUUGACGAAGGAGGAGGGUGGCAGACACUCCGGAUUCGGUGAGAACUACAGACCUCAGAUCUAUGUCCGUACUGCUGACGUCACUGUGGUGCUAAAGUUCCCAGAAUCGGUCGCCGACCACUCCAUGCAGGUGAUGCCAGGAGACAACGUCGAAAUGGUAUGCGAACUGGUCCACCCUACUCCAAUUGAAGCCGGCCAACGCUUCAACAUCAGAGAGGGCGGUAAGACAGUCGGUACUGGUCUUGUGACUAGAAUCAUCGAGUAA